AUGAAUUGGAACGAUGAAAAAAAUAAUGAAGAAAAAAUAGGGGAAAAUAAUAUUGAUAUACCUUUUGAUAUUGAAGAAGUAGAAAUUCCCAUUAAUAAAAUUAAAAAUCAAAAUUAUGAUUAUAAAGAAAAAUAUAACGAUAUUAAUGCUAACUUAGAAAAACAAAAAAUAAAUAAAAGGAAAGAAUAUGAUAAAUUGUCAUCUUCUGAUAAUUAUUUACACAAUUCGUUUGUAAAAAAGGAGAAACAAUAUGAUGUUAUAGAACCAAAGAAUGAUGAAUAUGCAUCCCACUUUAAUAAAAAUGGGAAUUGGACUAAUCAGGAAAAUAGUCAAAGUGAUAAUGCAAAUAAUAAUGGAUACAAUGCCAACGAUAAUAGCAAAAAUAAUAAUAAUAAGAAGAAUAAUAAUAGUAAUGAUAAUAAUAAAGAAAGACGUAACAAUAAUUCUGACGAAGAAGAAAUUGCUAUACCUAUCCACAGAAAAAAAACAAGUAAACGCAGUGAAAUAUUUAGCGAUGAUUUCUUUAUAAAUAGAUUUUUUCAAGAAGAAUACGAUGAUGAUAAGUUAAACGUUUUAGAUAUUUUUAAAUAUCAUGACUUUCCUAUUAAUUUAUUCCGGAAAAAAAAACGAAGAGAAAGUAAUGUAGAAAGGAAAUUUUAUGUAAAUUUUGUAGAUACAUAUAACGAUGAAUUUAUUAAAAAAAACAUCAACAAUAAUCUUAUUUUCGAGUCCAUAGGAGUAUGUAAAGGAAUUUCUUUUUUGCAUAUAAAUAAUAAUAUUAAUAUAAGUUGUCUAGGGUCAAAUGAUAAUAAUGCAUUUUAUCUCUAUAAAAUGAUACCCUUUAAUAAAAUAUAUACAAAAGAUGCAAUUGAUAAAAUUAUGAAUAAUAAAAAUAUUCACUCAAAAAAUGAAAAUAUAAAAAACCAAAAAGAAAUAAAAGAGAUAGACAAAAAAAAAACUAUGACAAAUAAUAAUAUUAGUAAUUCUACUAAUGAAGAAGAAAAUAUAUUUUUUAAAAAUUACAACAUGAUUAAAUCCUAUUUUUUAAAAAAAAAAGAAAAAAAAAAAUUAUACAAUGAUUUAUAUUUAACACCUUAUGAAAAAAAUUUAAAAUCAAGCAUAUGUAUAGGUACUCAUAUAUAUUCGAAAGAACGAGCUGUCAAAAAAUGCUUUGGAUUAUUAAUAGAACAAAAUGUAUAUUCCCCCGAUUUAGCACACGAAGAUAAUACUAAUGCUAAUAAAAAUUUAGAAAAUUUAAAUUUUGAACUUCCAUAUUAUAGAAGUCAAAUAAUAUUUAAACCCAUUCAGUAUCAUUAUAAAAAUAUGCAAAUUAUAUGUAACCCAUUUCGGAAGUCUUUUCAAAAUAUUCCAUGGGAAAAGUUUAAUAACCUUAAGGAUGUUAAUUUUUAUUAUGACAUAAAAAAUAAUGUUUUCAAUUUUUCAAAAGAUGUAUACAUGACAACAAAAGGAGCAUUUAUGCAUUUUGAGUCCCCCAAGAAUUUCGUUGUUCAAACAGCUAAUCGAGUAAAAGACAUAAAUAUUCAAAUGAAAAAAAUUUGUGAAAAGUCUGUUUACAUUGCUCAAGAUUACGCUUUCAAGCUAAGCAAAAUAGCAAAAAGCCGUGAAUAA